CGCGCCGGCUGUCGGUGCGACCGUCGCCGCGUUCCAUCGUCGCUCGGCCCUGGCGGCGCCCGAGCCCGCAAUGUCGGGCCCCAACGGGGACCUGGGCAUGCCGGUGGAGGCGGGAGCGGAAGGCGAGGACGACGGCUUCGGGGCAGCGGAAUACGCUGCUGUCAACUCCAUGCUGGACCAGAUCAACUUCUGUCUGGACCACCUGGAGGAGAAGAAUGACCAUCUCCACGCCCGCCUCCAGGAACUGCUUGAAUCCAACCGGCGGACACGCCCUGAGUUCCAGCAGCAGCUUGAAGAGGCCCCCAGCAAUGCCAGCCCCUAGGCUCUGGGAGCCCCCAGCCAGGCCCCAGCCCUGCCUCCCUGGGCCAGGCUCUGGCCUGAGCACUCAUCACCUGGCUUAGAUACCUUCUCAAGGGCUGGCCUACAGAUCUCCUGGGGGUCUGCCUACCUAGGCACCCCCUUCUGGUACUUCCCUUGGCGUGCCUGGACCAGCCCCCACCUCCCGGCAUCCCUUCCUGGG